AUGUCUUCAUUACGCGACUAUGGUCUUGCGGCCCCUCAUGGACCCAACAUGGAUAGCCAUCACGUUGCGACCGAGCAGCUCUACGCCAUGAGCCAGAACGAACAGGGUGUCUUCCAAACCAUCCUCAAGCCCGACGACAGCUACGAUGAGCACGGCACAUACUGGGCUGAUAUGCCUAUCAUGAAAAGAAUUGCCUUUGUUAACAAGGUCAACAACGCAGAAGCAAAGCAUGAGGCAUCCGCAACAUGGGCCAUGAUCAAGAAGGACCCUCUCAGCCCUAUCGGCUACUACGUGCGCAACAUGGUAAUUCCUGGUAUGGGUCUCCUUCUCGAAGGUUAUGUUCUUUUCUCCAUCGGCAACAUCAAGCCUCUCCUUCAAGCCGCCUUCCCAGCUUGCUGGAAAAAAGAGACUGUCUGUGAUGGCACUUGGAUCGCCGCUCUUGAUUACUUGGAGAUUGUGGGUAUCAUCGUCGGCCAGAUCCUUGUUGGUGUCAUUGGUGACUGGCUAGGUCGUCGCUGGGGUUUGAUCCAGGACGCCGUCAUCAUGUUCGUGGGUCUUCUCAUGCUUACUGCUUCUUGGGGUGUCACUCUCAAUGGCUGGGUUAUCUGCUACGUCUGGUCUCUCUUCUUCUACGGUGUCGGUGUCGGUGGUGAAUAUCCCAUGACAGCCACAUCCGGUAUGGAGAACGCUGUCGGAGCGGGAAAGGUCUCAACUAAGGAAGAUCGUCUUCACCGUGGUCGCAAGGUCACUUCGGCCUUCCUGAUGCAAGGUUGGGGACAGUUCCUCAACCAGGUCAUCCUGAUCAUUCUCCUGCUGAUUUUCCACGGAUCUGGUAAUCCUCCAUACUCAAAGGUCUCCACCCAGUGGACCUACCGCGUCUCUUUCGCCAUUCCCGCUGUUGGUACCCUCUGGCUUGUCUACUUCCGUACUUACAAGAUGCGCUCUGCCUCAAAGGCGCUCGCCGCUGCAAAGAAGAAGUCCAACGUUACUGGCUACGACACUCAGUCUCUCAAGCUGACUCUUUCUCACUUCGGACCUCGUUUGAUCGCAACUGCUGGUGGAUGGUUUGCGAACGAUGUCUUCUUCUACGGUAACAAGCUCUUCCAAGCCGAAUUCAUUGCUGUCCUGCUUCCCGGUAACAAGUCUGUCAUGGUUGGCUGGCUCUACAAUUUGGUCAACGUCGGUGUUUCGCUCUGCGGUUACUACCUAGCUUCUUUCUUGAUUGACAACAAGCUCUACGGUCGUAAGUGGAUGCAGAUCAUUGGUUUCUUGCUUGACUUCAUCCUCUUCGUCGUUCCGGCUUUCAAUUUCGAGUACUACACCAGUACUUCGGGAGUCCACGCUUUCCAGGCCAUGUACUUCCUGUCAUCCUUCUUCAACCAGUUCGGUCCUAACUCGGUUUCCUUCCUUGUUGCCGCCGAGGUAUUCCCCACUCCUAUCCGUGCUACCGCCCACGGCUUCAGUGCCGCUGUCGGUAAGAUGGGUGCUCUGCUUGCUGCUGUGCUCUACAACUACAUCGAUACACAGACCAAAUUCUACGUUGUUCCCUGGUUUGGUCUCGCCGGUGCUGUCAUCACCUGGCUGUUCCUCCCCGAUACCACCGGUCUUGAUCUCAAGGAGCAGGAGCGUCGCUGGGCUUUCAUCCGUCUUGGUAAGGGUGACGAGUACCGUGGUGUCGCCAUCCACCCCAAGCACUUGUCAGUAUGGGAGCGCUUCCGCGGUGUCGGCAAGAAUUACGACGCCGAACUCGACUACCAACAGCGUGUCGAAGAGAUGCGUCACGAGUGGGAAGAGAGCAUGGCAUCCAAGGUCGCCGAGAAGGAAAGCAACAUGGACCCUGAAGUCAUGGACGACGAGGACUGGCACAGCGACAUCUCCAGCUUCUUCCACCGCACGAAGGAUGGUCCUCGUGGCGCUCAAUCUCCUCUGAUCUCGCCCAUGGUUCGCGGCAAUGAGAAGCAGACUGCUUUGCCAUCACCCAUGAUGCGCGGUAUGGAGAAGAGAAGCCCCAUGCCCAGCCCCAUGAUCCGCGGCCACGUCAAGGAAGAAGACGAGUCAGAUGAGGCCUUGAACGAAAAGAAGUAG